GAACAUUUUACCCAGCAUUCAACGGGUUUGUGAAUGGAUAAUGCUGCAAGAUGGCGACAAAUGCAACUGCUACAAACUUACCAUCUUUUGAUUGUCCAACAUGGGCAGGCAAGCCCCCUCCAGGACUCCAUUUGGACGUGAUGAAAGGUGACAAAAUGGUCGAGAAACUGAUCAUUGACGAGAAAAAGUACUACUUAUUCGGGAGGAACCCGGACAUGUGUGACUUCACCAUCGACCACCAGUCAUGUUCACGCGUGCAUGCUGCCCUGGUCUACCACAAGCACCUGAAGAGGGUGUUCCUUAUUGAUAACAACAGCACGCAUGGUACCUAUCUGGGACACAUCCGCCUGGAGCCCAAUAAGCCUCAGCAGGUCCCCAUAGACUCCACCAUGUCGUUUGGAGCAUCCACGCGAGCCUACACCAUCCGGGAGAAACCUCAGAGCCAGCAAGGAACCAACGCCACCACAGGGGACAGCAAGGCCGGAGAGGACGAGGAGGGGUCUAAGGGCCUCUUAGGAUUACCAGAGGAGGAGACCGAGCUAGAGAACCUGACAGAGUUCAACACGGCCCACAACAAGCGCAUCUCAACCCUGACCAUCGAGGAGGGCAACCUAGAGAUCCAGAGACCCAAGAGGAAGAGGCGGAACUCCAGAGUCACCUUCAACGAGGACGAUGAGGUCAUCAACCCGGAGGACAUUGAUCCCUCAGUUGGGCGCUUCAGGAACAUGGUGCAGACUGCUGUCGUCCCUAUAAAGAAACAGAAAAUGGAGAGGCACGGCUCACUUAGUAUGGACGACGUUGUGACGAGGCGCAUCCACAACUACACCUUCGGCGGCGGCCUUUACGGGGACCUGCCACCCACCAGCCACGAGGUCCACCCCGCCGGGGCCCCGAGUGGAGCCACUAUCCUGGGGGGUCUCCCUCUACCCUUCCCCAACCCGGCCCCAGAGGUGAACCUGGCCCCGGAUGCCCCCCAGCCACCUGUCACCCUCAACCCUGUCCCCGUUACAGGCCCCUAUCUCUCCGAGGUCCUCAACGAGCCCCGCAAGAAAAAGUACGCUAAAGAGGCAUGGCCAGGCAAGAAGCCCACCCCCUCCCUACUAAUCUAACCCUCUCCCAAUACUACGGCUCUUUCUCAAUUCAUCUUUCCUCUAUUCUUUACCACCUCAUGCAUUGUAGAAGAUCCAAGGUCUCUCCUCUUGGACCUUCUUCAAUGUAUUUUGAGGAGAGGAGACGAGGAAUCCAGGAAAGUCGAAUUGGGAAAGAGCCUAUGUGGUGGAGGCAGGGCUGACUCUCAGGGUAUGGGCGGAGACAUCAGGGACCAUGACCCGUUGGAGGCGGAUCGAUUUUACUUAUCAGACUGUUUUGGGGAUUUUCUAGUUUUGUCAAUGUUUUCUACGUUACUUCCUCAUUCUCCUAAAAAUUAUCCGAAAGUCUUCAGUAGUACAUUCCAUGAAGACAGGAACACCACUCCUUCGGGAGAUGAAUGUUUGAUGUGUUUUACAAAUGAAGUCAUGUAAAAAAGGCAGUACUUGGCAGACCAAGUCAGUUGGUCAGAUAAGAGUAACUUGUGGCAUAAAUCGGUGUCCCGUGGCCGUGAUAUUUUACCUCUAAUUGAUAGUCAGGCAUCGUGCAGGGAAACGAACACGAAGCGGAUGUAACUUAGGAAAACAGCCCUUAUGUUGGAAACAAACAUCAUUAUGUUCUCAUCCAGAUUCACAUGGAUCUAUUUUCCAUGCUACAGCACCCAAUAUUACAGCAGGUUUUUAAAGGACCUGUUCCGUGUUAUCAUUUUUGCUAUGGGAAAAACAUUGCGAUACUGGUAUCACAGCCUAAUCGUUAUAUGGUUGGUCACUGUGAGUUCCAUAUUACGAUCUCCACUUCCUUCAAUAAGGUCUUUAUUUGUUUGAAGUCAAUCUUUGGAUGUAGUAUUUUUGCCCACUGUAAACAUGCGUGUACAGUGUAUUCGGAAAGUAUUCAGACCCCUUGAUUUUUCCCCCACAUUUUGUUACUUUACAGCCUUUUUCUAAAAUGGAUGAGAAACUAUUUCAUCCAUCUACACACAAUACUCCAUGUCGAGGCAAAAACAGGUUUAGACAUUUUAGCAGGAAUGCUGAAAUAUCACAUUUACAUAAGUAUUCAGACCCUUUACUCAGUACUUUGUUGAAACACCUUUGGCAGCGAUUACAGCCUCGAGUCUUCUUGGGUAUGACACUACAAGCUUGCCAGACCUUUAUUUAGGGAGUUUCUCCCAUUGUUCUCUGCAGAUCCUCUCAAGCUCUGUCAGGUUGGAUGGGGACUGUUGCUACACAGCUAUUUUCAGGUCUCUCCAGAGAUGUUCAAGUCCGGGCUCUGGCGGGGCCACUCAAGGACAUUCAGAGACUUGUCCCGAAGCCACUCCUGCGUUGUCUUGGCUGUGUGCUUGGGGUCGUUGUUCUUUUGGAAGGUGAACCUUCACCCCAGACUGAGGUCCUGAGCGCUCUGGAGCAGGUUUUCAUUAAGGAUCUCUCUGUAUUUUUCCCCGUUAAUCUUUCCCUCGAUCCUGACUAGUCUCCAGUCCCUGCUGCUAAAAAGCAUCCCCACAGCAUGAUGCUGACACCACCAUGCUUCACCGGUGGGAUGGUGCCAUGUUUCUUCCAGAUGUGACGCUUGGCAUUCAGGCCAAAGAGUUCAAUCUUGGCUUCAUCAGACCAGAGAAUCUUGUUUCUCAUGGUCUGAGAGUCUUUAGGUGCCUUUUGGCAAACUCUAAGCGGGCUGUCGUGCCUUUUGUGAAGGAGUGGCUUCUGUCUGUCCACUCUACCAUUAAGGCCUGAUUGGUGAAGUGCUGCAGAGAUGGUCGUCCUUCUGGAAGAUUCUACCAUCUCCACAGAGGAUCUUUGGAGCUCCUUCAGUGACCAUUGGGUUCUUGGCCACUUCCCUGACCAAGGCCCUUCUCCCCCGAUUGCUCAGUUUGGCCAGGCGGCCAGCUCUAGGAAGAGUCUUUGGUGGUUCCAAACUUCUUCCAUUUAAGAAUGUUGGAGGCCACUGUGUUCUUGGGGACCUUCAAUGCAGCAGAAUUUUUGUGGUGUACUUCCCCAGAUCUGUGCUUCGGCACAAUCCUGUCUCGGAGCUCUGCGGAUAAUUCCUUCAUCCUCAUGGCUUGGUUUUAGCUCUGACCUGUACUGUCAACAGUGGGACCUUGUAUAGACAGGUGUGUCACUUUCCAAAUCAUGUCCAAUCAAUUGAAUUUACCACAGGUGGACUCCCACGUUGUAGAAACAUCUCAAGGAUGAUCAAUGGAAACAAGAUGUACCUGAGCUCAAUUUUGAGUCUCAUAGCAAAGGGUCUGUAUACUUAAGUAAAUAAGUUAUUUCUAUAUAUUUUUUAAAUAUAUAGAUUUGCAAAAAUUACUUGUUUUCGCAGAAAACGUCAAGAGGUCGGAACUUUCUGAAUGGACUGUACAUUUAUUUUUUUAUCUGUUAAACUUGUGAAAACUGUUUUAUACAAGAGGGAUUAUUAUAGGAAUUGACAAAAGUAGAUCAGAGCUUCUGAAAAAAGAUAUGUCCAUUUUCCUAAAGACUGAAUAGGAUAAUAGGUUUAUAUUUUUACAGUGCUAUCAAAAUGAGUGCAGCGAGGAGAGAAUUUAAUGUUUACUCAGUUUACAUUCACAAUCAAGCUCAGUAAUGAACCAUUAAGACUGCGUUAAUAGACAGAGUAUAUUUAAAUACUGUCUUCCCAUUCUAAAAAAGAUAGCAGUAUAACCUGUGAGUUGCAACUCUGCCUGAAUGUUAGUGAGUCCUGAAGUCCUCUAGAUUUUACAUAUCGCAAUGUAAAUUGGCCAGAUCUGAGCCACGGAUAAAAUGGAUUGGUCACAUGAGUUUAGACUGUAAGGUUCUCAGUUGGUGCAAUUUGAUGUUGAGUGUUGUUUCACAGGCCUUUUUGAAUUGAUUGCAUUUCAAAUGUGGUACACAUGGUCCUGCAUCAAAGCACCCAUAAAAUGACUCAAUGUAAUUUCUUGAUGUUCAAAGAACUGUGUUAGUUUUCACACCAGCAGAAUACAUUCUUAGGUUGCCCCCUUUACUGGUUAAUGAAACAUUUGUGGUAUUUGAGAACUUGCAAAAGCCAUGCUAUUUGCAUCAACUUUGUACAGAUGGACAGACACGUGUACCCAGACCUUUUGUCCCACUUUCGGAUGAUGUUGGCUUUUUUAUUCACAUAAUACACUGUAAAUAAAAACGUAAUUUUUUCACAAACA